AUGCGCUGCGUCGCAGGCCAAUACCACGGCCUCGUCGCGCCCAUCCUCAUCUCGCUGCCCUCCUUCCUCAAGGCGUCCAACUUCCGCAACUCGACGGACAACACACAGUCCAACCUGCAGCACUGGCAGGGCCGCCCGGACGCCAUGUUCUUCGACUACAUCGGCUCGCACCCGGACCUCGCGCAGGACUUCAACGAUGCGAUGGAGGGCAACUCGCGCGGCAACCUGACCAACUGGCCCGAGAUGUUCCCCACGCAGACGCUGCUCGACGGCGCGCGGCCGGGGCGGGCAGUGGUUGUGGACGUCGGCGGCGGCAAGGGGCAUGAUUUGGUCAAGUUCCAUGUGCGGCAUCCGGAGAUCAGCGCGGAGGCGCUGGUGCUGCAGGAUCUGCCGAGCAUGUUGAAGGAUGUGAAGCCGGACCCGGCGUUUACGGUGCAGACGUAUGACUUCUUUACGCCGCAGCCGGUGAAGGGGGCGAGGGCGUAUACCAUGCAUGGUGUGCUGCAUGAUUGGCCUGUGGCGAAGGCGCAGGAGAUUUUGGGGAAUGUGGCGGCGGCGAUGGAGAGAGGGUACUCCAAGUUGUUGAUUCAUGAGAACAUGGUGAACGAGAGGAAUCCGGUCGCGAGGGUGACGUCGUUGGAUAUGCUCAUGAUGGCGGGGAUGGCGGCGGCAGAGAAGACGGAGGGGGAGUGGCGGGAGAUUGUCGAGGGGGUUGGGUUGAAGGUGGUUAAGAUCUGGACGGGGAUGGAUCGGGGCGAGGCCAUCAUCGAGGCGGAGUUGGCGUGA